AUAAGAGGGGAGCCUCAUGACUGAAGGUGCUGCAUCACAUUCUGGUUUGGACCUUUCUGAAGCCUGGAAUUCCACAGAUUGAAAAGAGUUGCUCAUUUUGCAGAAAGCAUGGAACUGUGAGGUCAUCACCCCCGUUUCCGGCUCGGCAAUUGGAUAAUUGGCAGCACCUGUGAGCCUCGCGGCAUUGACACACGCGCCCUUCAGCACUUUUAAAACUUGUGGCCCCGUGCUGUCACUGGAACUACCACUAGAGCUUUUAAUGAUGCCCCUCGUCGAGCGCGCCGCUCUGCUUUUAAUGGCCGCCGUUGCGCUGAUGGCGAGCUGCGGCAACGCUGAAGACUCGAUAGGAGAAGAGAGGGUACUGGAACCCUGUCCGAAUGACGGUGUGAAUGUCUUCAACCAGUCCUCCAACAGCUCCACCUUCCUGUACGGCCUGAGUGCCAACAUCGCUGCUGUUCUGCUGUUUGGGAGCUGCACGGUUCCCAUUAAGAGGAUAGAGACCGGGGAUGGCAUGUUCUUCUACUGGGUGAGCUGUGCUGCCAUUUGGAUCGUUUCAAAGGUGGGGGACUUGUUGCUGAGCUCACCCACAUUCUACCCCCUGGCCAUGCUGGGAGGAGCGAUUUGGGCCACAGGAAACAUUGCAGUUGUUACCAUCAUCAAAUCGAUCGGCCUUGGUCUUGGGAUUUUAAUCUGGGGAUCUUUCAGUUUGCUGAUGGGUUGGACAAGUUCAAGGUUUGGCUGGUUUUGGAUUGUUCCUCAGCAAGUGUCCAGGCCCAUUCUGAAUUACUGUGGAGCUGGCUUGUGCUUGCUCAGUGGUAUGAUUUUCUUCUUUGUGAAGUCUGAUGUGGCGCUAUCCUCUGAAUCGGAAACCGUGCCGUUGCUGAUUGACAGAAAAAGCACCUCUGGGAGUUUUGGAAGGCGUGCCUCUCAAUUCUGGGUAGAUGCCCUCCGACCACGGAGUCGGAGAUUCAUGGGCUGUCUACUCGCAGUGAUGGUGGGUCUGCUGUAUGGCUCCUGUUUUAUCCCCAUUCUCUACAUAAUGAGCCACUCUCCCUGCCCAGACAGUGUCUACUAUGGAGCCAGCGUCUUCGCUAUGGAUUACGUGUACGCCCAGAACUGUGGGAUCUUUCUCACUAGCACCGUCUACUUUGUCAUCUACUGUGCUGUCAGGAGCAACAAGCCCAGAGUUUAUUCCAGAGCCAUCCUGCCAGGGUUUUUGUCUGGACUGAUGUGGUCGGUUGGGACAUAUUGCUGGUUCCUGGCCAAUAACUAUCUGAGUCCUGUCAUUACAUAUCCAAUUGUGACGGCAGGUUAUGGUCUGGUUGCAGCUCUUUGGGGAUCUCUGGUAUUUAAAGAGAUAAAGGGUGUUGUGAAUUGUUCCAUCUUCUUCUUGGCGUCAUGCGUGGUGUUGACUGGCUCCCUGCUCACUGCUUUGUCAAAGCUUUUAUAAAACUAUGUCAAAUACAGUGAAAAGGGGAAAAAAGUGUUUGGUAAAUUGUCCUGUUUUAAAGCAAUGUUAAACCUAAAGUGUCACACUUAACAAGAUUUGAUGUGCUGUUUAACUUGCAUUUGUUCCUGCUAAACCAUACGAUCAUGUAUGUAAAAUAUGUCACAACUGUGUCAAAACUGUCUUUAUUGUAUUUCUAAAAAACAUUUUUGAGAUUAAAUGUGUUUGACAUUAA